AAAAAAAAAAAAAAGUUUUUAAAAAGGCUUAUGAAUAGCAACAGUCUCCAAGCUGCUCCUCUACACCCCUGAGUGCUGCUUCUCAGGAGCAGUCUUUUUCCAGUUCAUGUAGCUGUUUCUUCUGCUCUUCAGCCUCAUAUGUGUAAGUAACAUGCUUAUUUAUCUUUCAUUUUUACAUGUUUUCUAUUAACAUCCAACUACGGUAUAGAAGACAAGGACUAGCUUUAUCUGUCUUCAGUCUUCACCACCCACAUGUCCCUUCCCCAUUCUGCCAGUUUACCUACAUCAUUUUUAGUUAAAUCUGUAUUAAUUAUUUACAUUAUUAUAACUGUAAAAUGUUCACAUCUGAGCACAUGGCAUAUGAUAAUUAUAUUUUCUUUCUUCUCCAACUUUUGGGUUUCCCAGGAGUCAAUAAUUACAUGCAGUUUUUUUGGGGGGUAGUGUUUGUUUUUAUUUUCCUCUUUAGUUUGCUGAGCCAGGCAUUUGGGGUGAUUGAGAAAUUUUCUUCCAUCCCAACUUUUACCCAGUUUCUGUGAUCAUAAUGACAUGGUCUGGAUGAAGUCUUGAAAGAAUUUGGAAUUUGUGGAGAAUGAGGGAAUGGAGAGCUAGCAAAAAUCCAGGAUAUGUGAAUCAGUGUGAAAGCCAGAAAUAAAAUGAGCCAAGCAGUGAGCGAUGUGCCUGGAGCAGAGAUAAAGCAGGAAGCAUGGCCCAGGUACUCCCUCCAGGCCUCCCCUUCUUGGACCUGAGGAACCCACAGGAAGGGAUUUGAGCAGAGGUGAGACAGUCAAAGGGGCAUUGAAAGAGACAGGCUGCCUAAGAACUUACCAGCGUAAGAGCAUCAUCCAGCGUACCUGGACUACGCACACCUGUGUCCUUAGGUUUUCAUACAUUUGAGGGCUUCGUUUACAAAGUCCAUGGGAUAAGAGGAGGGGCACCCCAAAAGAAGGAAAGCAGGAAAAGACAGGAACCUCAGAGCCUCCGUCUCUGCAGAGGAUCUUACUGCUUCACAGAUGUUGGCCACAGAAAGUUAUUCGAAGAAACGGAAGAUCUCAGCCAGCGGGGCGGAUCCAAGCCAGUUCUGUGGUCAGCAGGGCUCACCUCUGGGCAGGCCCCCUGGUCAGAGGGAGUUUGUAUCCUCAGGGAGGAGUUUGCGGCUGACCUUCCGCACACAGCCUUCCGCAGAGAACCAGACUGCCCACCUCCACAAGGGCUUCCUGGCCCUCUACCAAGCUGUGGCUGUGAACUGUAGUCAGCCCAUCAGCCAGGCCAGCAGGAGUUCUGAAGCCAUCAGCACACCUGGAGACAGCCCUGCCAAGGUCCAGAACCACUGCCAGGAGCCCUAUUAUCAGGCCACGGCAGCAGGGGCACUCAGCUGCACCACCCCAGGGACCUGGAAGGACACACAGGAUGGGGAGGAGGUUCCUCAGUGUGUGCCUGUCUGUGGACGGCCAGUCACCCCCAUUGACCAGAAUCAGACGACCCUCGGUUCUUCCAGAGCUAAGCUGGGCAACUUUCCCUGGCAAGCGUUCACCAGUAUCCAUGGCCGUGGGGGCGGGGCCCUGCUGGGCGACAGAUGGAUCCUCACUGCUGCCCAUACCAUCUACCCCAAGGACAGUGUUUCUCCCAGGAAGAACCGGAGUGUGAAUGUGUUCCUGGGCCACACAUCCAUAGAUGAGAUGCUGAAACUGGGGAACCACCCUGUCCACCGUGUCAUUGUGCACCCCGACUACCAUCACAACGAGUCCCACAGCUUCAACGGGGACAUCGCCCUCCUGGAGCUGCAGCACAGCGUCCCGCUGGGCCCCAACGUCCUCCCGGUCUGUCUGCCUGACAAUGAGACCCUCUACCACAGCGGCUUGUUGGGCUAUGUCAGUGGGUUUGGCAUGGAGAUGGGCUGGCUAACUACUGAGUUGAAAUACUCAAGGCUGCCUGUAGCUCCCAGGGAGGCCUGCAAGGCCUGGCUCCAAAAGAGACAGAGGCCCGAGGUGUUUUCUGACAGUAUGUUCUGUGUUGGGGAUGAGAUGCAGAGGCACAGUGUCUGUCAGGGGGACAGUGGCAGCGUCUAUGUGGUAUGGGACGAUCGUGCCCAUCACUGGGUGGCCACGGGCAUUGUGUCCUGGGGCAUAGGAUGUGGCAGCGGGUAUGACUUCUACACCAAAGUGCUCAGCUACGUGGACUGGAUCAAGGGGGUGAUGAAUGGCAAGAACUGACCAUGCGGCACUUGAACAGGGACUGGCCAGCACAGUGGAGGCCCCAGUCAAGAGAGGGCCGGGAGUGAGGACUGAACCCUGGGGCAGGGGCAGGAGGUGGUGGGAGGCAGGGAAAUCCUAUUCACAUCACUGAUGCAGCAAGCCACCAUGCAAGAGAAACCCCCACCCUGCAAGCCUGCACCAUCCGGACAGGAAGCACGGUCCUACAAACCGCCGCUCCUCACCCUCUACCUCCCUGUCCGCUUGCACUAGGCCACGGAAGCCCUGUGCAUCUCAGCAACUUUCACCUUGAAUGUCCUUGGAAUCCCCUUCCCCUUCAUCUGUUGACACAGCUUUUAUACCCACCUCUGGAAGAGUCACCAUCUCACCUGCUGAGUAUGGAGAAAGGGGUUUUCCUUGCAUUUUAUUUCUGAAAUAUUCCUAAGACCCUUUAGUUGACCUUCACACCUUCACAUAUUCAAGCUGUUGGCUUCACCACCUUCCACAGCUCCAAGAUGCGAUUACAGAAAUAGCUCCUUUUUAAAUUUUAUGCCCUCUAUAUGCCAGACGCUUCACCUGUUAUUUCACUUAAUCCGCAUACCAUGUUGGCAAAGGAUGUGUUAUUAGCCAUGCUUGACAAAUGAGGAAACUGAGGCUCCGGGAAAGGGACUUGCCCAGGUCCCACAGCUGGUGUGUGACUGCAGAGGCUGCUCUUCCCCGUGUGCCGCCAUACUUCUCAGCUCUCCUCAGAUCUGCUGUGCCACCCGCUUUCCCUCCCAGUGCCCACAUCCUUACCAUUGUCCCUCCCUGGGAAUUCCUGCUUCUGUAAAAAUGGCAUCCUCUGGCUCACACUUUCCUGCUAGCCCCAUCUCCUGCAGAAGCCACGUGAGCCCAGCACUGGACUGACGUUCCUGCGGACACCCCACCUGGGCCCCCAUCAUCAAGAGAACUGUUCCACCUGAGAGGACCAACUCUUUAAUUUUUAGUACAGAUUGGAGGUGAUGGGCCGAGCACGGUGGCUCACGCCUGUAAUCCCAGCACUUUGGGAGGCCAAAGCGGUCGAAUCACAAGGUCAUGAGAUCAAGACCAUCCUGGCCAACAUGGUGAAACCCUGUAUCUAUUAAAAAUACAAAAAUUAGCUGGGCGUGGUAGUGCGCAUCUAUAGUUUCAGCUACUCGGGAGGCCGAGGCAGGAGAAUUGCUUCAACCCAGGAGGCAAAGGUUGCAGUGAGCUAAGAUUGUGCCACUGCACUCCAGCCUGGUGACAGAGCAAGACUCCAUCUAAAAAAAAAAAGCAUUGGAGGUGAUUUACAGUGAAAGACGCAAGUAAAAUAUAACUGUUCAAUGGAAAUAGAAAAUAAAUAUCAUAAAAGAGAGAAGAGAGAUAAUUUGUUAGCAUCAAGAGUCAAUUGCUGUAUAGUCACAGGUUAAAUUUAUCUCUAAAAAAAUUAGCAGGAUUCAACGUUGUCCCUA